AUGUCACGGCCAAAAAGAAAAGCUGCCACAAAUAAGUCUUAUAAUGAUUUUAUAGACGAGUCUAUAUUCGAGGAACAUCGCCCCGACCCUCCGGUGGCCCGCAAGAAGCUGAAACCAUCGAGUCCUUCACCAACUUCUUCUAGUUUGAUCCCAGAACUGACAUCUUUUCACUUCAAUUGGCAGCCCUUACCCACACCAGCAGACUAUUUUUCCAACAAAUUGGACUUGAAAGAUGCCUAUGUUGACCUUACUACGCAAACGUUGUACUGUCCAGCAAUGGCAAAUGCCAAACGAGCAAGAAAACAAACCGAAGUUUUCCACAUUCAAAAAGGCGAUUACAUCUACAUGAUCAGCGAACCGCCUGGAGAGCCAUACUAUGUUGCCAGAGUUAUGGGAUUCAAAAUCAAGGGGGGACGAGCCAACAACGCUGAAGAAACCCAUUCAAAAAGCACGAAAAGCACCCAUGAGGAUGCUUCAGCAUACCAGUUUCAAGUGCAAUGGUUUUAUCGACCUCGAGAUAUUUCCAAAUUUUCCAACGACUCAAGGCUUCUUUACGCCUCUAUGCAUACCGACACUUGCCCGCUAGCCAGUUUCCGUGGCUUGGUUACCGUCAAGCACCAAUACGAAAUUGAAAAAGACCCACAAUACGAGCCUGGAAGAAGGUCUCCCACACCAGCAUCUGCAUUAGAAACCUAUGCCAACGAGCCCAACUGUUUCUACUUUGAUAAGCUUUUUGAUCGAUAUAUGGUCAAGUUCUACGAUAUUAUACCCACCAAGCUACUUUUGGACGGAUCGAAGAGCGAGCAAUGCCACAAUUAUUUGAUUGCAUUACACAAGCGGUUUGAGUAUGUGUUCGUUGAAACCUUGCGCUCGAAGACAUUUGUUGAAGGUUUCAUGAAGGAUAUUGCGUCCUGUGAUAAAUGUGGUCAAUGGUGCUCCAAUCAAGAAUCUGUGAGUUGUGCCAGUUGUGGAAAACACUUUCACAUGUACUGCCUUGAUCCACCUCUUAUGAAGAAACCCAGUCGAGGGUUUUCAUGGUCUUGUGCUCCGUGUACAAAGAAGUACGAUAUUGCCCAUCAAAAGAAGCGUAUAUUGAUGCUUUCUCACGAUAAUAAACUGUCCAAUGCUCAACAGCUUUCGGAAGAGCUAGAUGGUCUUGACUCAACUGACGUUUCUGAGGAAGAAACAGAUACCGAUUCCAAAGCAAAUACACCUUCUGAACUUCCACGCUAUGAAAAAAUGGCCAUUGACUUUCUCAAUGAUGACGCAGAUACAAGUCUUGAAGAACGAAGAUUGAAAGAAGAAUGGUGUAUGAGAUACUUGGGUAUAAAUUCCAAACUCGAAGAUGGCGUUGACGUCGAAGACCGUUCGCCUUAUCCAAGAGCUUCAACUCGGCUAGGUGCCAAGCACCAGGCUACACAUAUACCUGAGUUUUAUGACCAUCCAAUAGUCUACUACGAUGUUGAGAAUAAUGGAUCAAGUUCAAGCAAAAAGAAGUCCAAGAAAACUCCAGUAAAGUCCAAAAAGAAGGACGAGGCUACUAUCAUUCCUCUCAAUGUCCCGGAAGAAUACAAAGACGUUUCUCCAAAAGACUAUCCUCAAUGGCUUCAGCCACGGCCAAAGGGGUACAUUGAACGAGGUGAAGACGACGGUGAUGGUGUAACGUGCAAACUUCUCUGGAAGGCUUCAGACGAUGAUAUCGCUAACAAUUUUGAGAAGCUUGAUUCUUACAUUGCUUCAUGUGUUCCAGUGGCUGAAAGUUUAAAGAUUCUACCUACAUCUCCAAACUUCAUGGACGCAAUAUUGUACCAGUAUAUGGAACACAAAGGAGAUACAGAAGCUGCAUUUUCUGUGGUUUCAAAGCUUACAAGGGCAAAGUUGAAGGAGCCUACAUUCAAUAAGGAAGAGGUGAAAAGAUUUGAAAACGGUGUACGUACCUAUGGAAGCGAGCUCUUCCCAGUACAAAAAUUGGUAAAAAGUCAACCUGUUUCAAUGGUGGUUCGUUUUUAUUACUUGUGGAAAAAAACUGAAGCUGGCAAGCAGAUUUGGGGCAAUUUCGAAGGCAGAGUCAAGCGAAAGGAUCAGAAAUUAAAGGACCACAUCAAGGAGGAAGAACCAAGCACUGGAAUAAAUGGACAUGCCAUUGACUCUUUAGCAAAUCAGGACGACGAUUCUUCUUAUGAUAUGAACAAAAUUGAAGCAGAAAAACGUUCAUUUGUUUGCAAGCAUUGUUCCACGGAUUGUUCGUUACAAUGGUUCAAAGUCACUGGUCAUAAUACCACGGCCGAUAAAAACACAGCUCUUUGUUUUCGCUGUGCUCGUUUAUGGCGAAGAUACGCGGUUGUAUGGGAAGAUCCUCACGAAGUGGAACGGAAAAGUAAACUUUUUGGAUGGAAAAGAAAGAUUGAAAGUGAGCUUUUACACGAUAGUCAAGCCAUUCUAGGGGCCGCAACUUCAAGUGCUAAGAAUAGCCCCAAGGAAACGUCUAUCAAACGCCAGACUAUGACUCCACCACCAAGCAAUACGCUGUCUUUCACCAGUAUUGAAUCUGUAAAGCUGACAUCCCCAGCUAAACGAAAGGCUCCCACAAAAGCUAGCAGUCCACGCAAGGCAAUCAAGAUCGAAAAGAGAUCCGAAUCUGUACCAAAACCCAAAGCCAAACCAAAGUCAGAACCAAAAUCGAAAUCAGAACCAAAAUCGAAAUCAGAGCCAAAAGCGAAAUCAGAACCAAGACCAAAACCAGAAAAAUCAAAGCCAAAACCAACGAAACCAAAGACAGAGUCCACAGAAAAUGGAACCACAAAAGUUGCACGAAUACCAAAGAAGAAAGAAUCGAAAGCAGAGGGUCCAAAAUCGGGAAAGAACGUCAAAGAUGAAACGUCCGAAAUGGUCCGUUAUCCUGUCUUCAACUCUGACUAUAUGGUGCCUCAAAUUGCUACUCAGAGUCUCACGCCAGUAAUUACCGACUCGUUCAUCAAUUCCUUAGGAAUAAGAAGACUACUUGACUUGGAAAAGUAUUGGGAACAAUACCCUUUUGCACAUUUUCCAGAAAAACAACAAGCUGAAGAGAGCCACAAGUGUUGUUUGUGCUCUCUGGAUACCAUCACCAAGAAGAAAGCAUCCAGCACAGAUCUGGAAUUUUUGAAAUGUCGAGCCUGUGGAGUUGACGUGCACCUUACGUGUGCCAGUAUAUCUAUUCCAAGCUCCACUCCGCAACCGGUGGACUGGUUAUGCGAGCCUUGUGUGCAUAAAAGUAUACCGACUUCAUCCACUGAAUACAGCUGCUGCUUGUGCUUUACUACUUUUCCAGAAAACACCGAGUACUUGAGAUGUGUCCAAGACACCCGAAUGUGGUGUCAUUACUUGUGCGCUGUGCUCGCUGGGGACUCUGUGAGUUUGGGAGUGACGGCUGCAAAAAAGAAAAACAAGAAUCCGUUGGACCAGAAUACAGUUUUGCAGUUGAUAACGGUGAAAAGUGUCUCCAAACUUUUGUAUGAGAACCACAACAUCAAGUGCCAUAUAUGUCAGCGAUAUGGUGGAGCCAUGUUGAGUUGUGAGCUUCCACAUGAAAAGACCAAAGUACAUAUUUCUUGUGCUCAGAUUACUGACGGGUAUAGUCUUGGGUUCACUUUGCAAGAAACAGCUGAUAACAAGCAUACGGCUUGCGUUGAGCUGGAUUCUGGUCGCAUUGUUCCCAUCAUUAUGUUCCAUAAUGUGGUGCUGGAAAUUGGUAGCAAAAAGUAUCCAUUGAAACAGUUGGGCAAAAAGAUGAAUGGUACCAAUACAUUAAAACCACUUCUUCAAAUGCACAUUGAAAACAUAACCAAAGGACAACAAGCAAGCUCACACUUUGGUCCACUUGCACUUUCCAAUCAGCUUGCUUUGAUGAGAAGUCAAAAUGAGCAGGAAGCUGCAAAAGAGAUUAAACUCGAUGAAAAGAAAUGUACUGAAUGUUCCUCCAUACUUAGCCCUAUUUGGUGGGAAGGUUCAGAGCUAAACAAGCCUGAUGGUGUGUGCUGCAAUGUCUGCUACCAUAAACAUCAUCAGCUUGAAGAAAAUGGGUACCAUCUGGAUGAAGAUGUACUUCUCGAAGACAUGAUUAAUUCACCAUUGGAUCCCAGCCAGUACGGAUUGAUAUCUACGGAUGAUGUUUUGAGCAGCGUAUACCCGACAGAACAGCUUUCUGUUCAGUAG